GAAAUGGUCUGAACACACUGGCGGGAGAGAGGGAGAAAGAAGCACAGGCUUUUAUUGUUAGCCCGUGAUUAGCAGCGCGGUGCACAAAAUAUUUUUUUCUAUAUUUUUUCCUGCAUUUUUAAAAUCCACAGAAGAGACACAAGGCUCAAUAGGACGCUCGAUUUUUUUAUUUAUUUUUUUUGUUGAUAAAAGUCGCCCGCCGAAAAUCAGCUGGUUUUCCCAGAAACAUAAAAGCUAGCUAGGAAAGCUAACAUUUUAUCCUUAAGCCCAAUGUCUCUUUAGAAAAGUCUGCUGAGAAUCUAAAAAAAAAAAAAAAAAAAAAAAAGAAAGAAAGAAACCAGCAUCUAGAUCAUCUAGAAUCUAUCCUUGUCUAUUUGUUUCCUUGGAAAUUUUACGACAGUUUUCGACAUUUUUCUUUUGCUCGUUGACUUGCUAACGACCCAGAGGCUAAUGGCGAAGGUUCAGGUGCUAAACGUUGCUGUUUUGGACAACCCGAGUCCUUUCGGGAAUCCUUUUCAGUUCGAGAUCACGUUCGAGUGCAUGGAGGAUCUUCCUGAAGAUCUCGAGUGGAAGAUCAUAUAUGUGGGCUCGGCUGAGAGCGAGGAGUACGACCAGACCCUGGACUCGGUCCUGGUGGGACCGGUGCCUGCGGGGAGACACAUGUUUGUGUUCCAGGCAGAUGCUCCGAACACGGGCCUGAUCCCUGAGAGCGAUGCUGUGGGCGUCACCGUCGUCCUGAUCACCUGCACGUACAGAGGACAGGAGUUUAUUCGCAUCGGUUACUACGUCAACAACGAGUACACCGACGCCGAGCUCCGGGAAAACCCACCUCUCAAACCCGACUACUCGCAGCUCCAGAGAAACAUUUUGGCGUCGAACCCACGCGUAACCCGAUUCCACAUCAACUGGGAGGGAUGUUCUGAGAAGAUGGAGGACUCGGAGAACGUGGACCCGGCUCCGAACGUGAUGCUGCCUCCGUCGUGCCCUCCGGGGAAAGCACCUCCGCUCGGACUGAUGCCAGAUAACUCCAUGGACUGCUUGUAGAGCCUCCAAUCCAUCUGUUAAGGAAUCAUCAUCACCUUUACGAGCUCAUAGACCCCAGAUCCAGCAGCGCAGAGACUCUGACUAGCUGAACAGCACGGACAGCAAAAAGACGCAGUCUUUGAUUUUUCGGAUUUGUGUUUCAGUAUUUUCAGGAGGUUGAUAAUCACUGAUGUCAGAUAUGGAGUGUUAAAGGUUAGGAGUGUUACACAAGCAGGAUUUUUUCAGAUUAACUACGUUUAAGUGUGCAGGUGAGAUUGUACUAUACUGUAUAUAUGUUUACUUCUGUUUGUAUUCUGGCUCUCCGAAUAAAUAAAUAUCUUUUGUUACGUGA